AUGCUGAGCGAGAUGAAGUCGGAGAUGCUCGACAAGAUGCGCGAGAGCAACUACGAGGUGACGCGCGGCGAGGGCAACGGCGCGGUGACGUUCACGCUCGCCAAGGAGUACGGCAUGUGCUGGGGCGCGGAGCGGUCCAUCGAGAUCGCCCUGGCGGCGACGGAGAAGUUCGGCGACAAGCAGCUCCACAUCACGAACGAGCUGCUCCACAACCCGGGCGUGAACAAGAUGCUCGAGGACGAGGGCGUGUCGUUCAUCGAGAAGACGGGCGACGGCGGCAAGCGCUUCGACGACGUCAAGGAGGGCGACGUCGUCAUCCUGCCCGCCUUCGGCGCGACGCUCGCGGAGAUGCAGCACUUCAGCGACAUGGGCGUGACGACCGUCGACACGACGUGCCCCUGGGUCACGAAAGUCUGGAACGUCGUCGACAAGCAGGUGCAGCGGUCCAUGACGACGAUCAUCCACGGCAAGUACGCCCACGAGGAGGCCAUCGCGACGGCGUCCAUGUGCGACGACUACCUCAUGGUGAAGAACAUCGACGAGGCCGAGUACGUCUGCAACUACAUGCUGAACCCGACGCCCGAGGGGCGCGAGGACCUGCUCCACAAGUUCGCCAAGGCCAUGUCCAAGGGCUUCGACCCCGACGUCCACCUCGAGAAGAUCGGCAUCGCGAACCAGACGACCAUGUACAAGAAGGAGACCCAGGCCGUGGGCCGCCUCUUCGAGCAGGUGAUCCUGAAGAAGUACCCCGACGAGGCGGCCGACCGCUUCGUCGCCUUCGACACGAUCUGCUCCGCGACGCAGGAGCGUCAGGACGCCAUCCACGAGAUGGUCGACGACGAGAGCGUCAAGGAUUUGGACUUCAUCCUCGUCGUCGGGGGCUUCGACUCGUCGAACACGGCGCACCUCGUCGAGAUCCCGUACGAGGCGGGCAUCCCCGUCUUCCACAUCAACGAGGCGGACUGCAUCAGCGAGACCAACGCCGUCUCCCACCGCCUCGUCUCCGGCGAGAUGGCCGUCGAGGAGAACUGGCUCCCGACGGACCGGCCCGCGCGCAUCGGCGUCACGUCCGGCGCGUCGACGCCCGACGCCUACGUCCAGGAGGCCCUCGAGCGCCUCGUCCUCCUCAAGUCCGUCAUCUCGACGGACGCGGCGCCCGCGGCGCCCGCGGAGAAGUGGGCCUGGAGCGGGCCCGUCUUCUGA